AUGAGCAGCAAGCUCUCAGUGUCAAGCGUGCGGGGCUCCGUCCGGGACCUCCUGGCCGACUCGCAGGGCGAGAAGCGCCGCAACUUUGUCGAGACGGUCGAGCUCCAGAUCGGUCUCAAGAACUACGACCCCCAGCGCGACAAGCGUUUCUCGGGUACCGUCAAGCUCCCUAACGUCCCCCGCCCGCGCAUGUCGAUCUGCAUUCUCGCCGAUGCGGCCGACAUUGACCGCGCCAAGUCCAUCGAGCUCGAGUACAUGUCCGUCGACGAUCUCAAGAAGCUCAACAAGAACAAGAAGCUCGUCAAGAAGCUCGCCAAGAAGUACGACGCCUUCCUUGCCUCUGAGACCCUCAUCAAGCAGAUCCCGCGUCUCCUCGGUCCCGGUCUCUCCAAGGCCGGCAAGUUCCCCACUCCCGUCUCGCACGCUGAGGACCUGAACAGCAAGCUCACUGAGGUUCGCUCGACCAUCAAGUUCCAGCUCAAGAAGGUUCUUUGCCUCGGUGUCGCCAUCGGCCACGUCCAGAUGACCGAGGACCAGGUCCUUGCCAACGUCAUGCUUGCCAUCAACUUCCUCGUCUCGCUCCUCAAGAAGAACUGGCAGAACGUCAAGUCGCUCCACAUCAAGACGACGAUGGGCAAGCCCGUCCGUCUCUUCUGA